UGACGUCACACGCAGCAGAGCCGGCACACCAACGAAGAAGAAAACGUCAGCCCCAUGCAGGAAGCAGAGGUGAAUGCUGCUGUGUGAAGGCUGUCAGUCAGUGUCUCCGCCUCCGUCUCCUCCGACAUGGCCGCCAGACGAGCUCUGAAGGCGGUGCUCAUCGACCUGAGUGGCACGCUGCACAUCGAGGAUACAGCCGUGCCCGGGGCGCAGGAGGCUCUCAGCAGGUUACGUCAGGCAUCUGUGGCGGUGAAGUUUGUGACAAACACAACAAAAGAGUGUAAGAGGAACUUACUGGAACGACUGCAGGGCCUCAACUUUGACCUCCAGGAAAGGGAGAUCUUCACUUCCCUGAGUGCAGCGAGGCGUCUGCUGGAGCAGAAACAACACAGACCGCUGCUGCUGGUGGACGACCGGGCACUGGAGGACUUCACUGGUAUGGACACAUCAGAUCCCAACGCUGUCGUCGUUGGACUCGCUCCCGAUCGCUUCGACUACCAGACGCUCAACGCGGCUUUCAGGCUCAUUCUGGACGGCGCUCCUCUUAUUGCCAUACAUAAAGCUCGCUACUACAAACGCAAAGAUGGUUUGGCUCUUGGCCCGGGACCGUUUGUGACGGGGCUGGAGUACGCCGCCGACUGUAAAGCCACCGUCGUGGGCAAGCCUGAGGAGACAUUUUUCACACAGGCGCUGUCUGAACUAGGCUGCAGCCCCGAUGAAGCUGUCAUGAUAGGAGAUGAUGCCAGAGACGAUGUGGGCGGGGCUCAGAAUGCAGGAAUGCUGGGUAUUCUGGUCAGAACCGGUAAAUACAGAGCAGGGGAUGAGAGUAAAAUCAACCCGCCUCCAUACCUGACAUGCGACAGUUUCCCCGACGCUGUUGAACACAUCCUGACGAACCUGCUAUAACCACACACUCCAAACUGACCUCUGACCUCUGCAGUUUCCAACAUUUACAGAGACUUUCACUCACACACAACACUGCUGAGCCCACUGUGGCUGUGAUACACUGUCAGUGUUAAACAGCGGAGGGUUGCAACAGAGAAAUUGCCACAGUUUAUUUAUGGUUUCCUCUAACUCUUUAACAUGUUGACUAUAGAUUUGAAUCAAAAUAUGAUGAGGAAAAUAAUCCCAGUACAAUUUGCCAUCCCAUAUUGAACUGAGAAAAAUGAGUGAAAAAAAUGAGAUAAAAACAAAAAGUCCAUUUGGCUGAGCCUACAAUGCUCCGACAUGUUUCCACCUAUAAGUUUGUGACUUAUAGAUGUAUAGACUGUGAAAAUUAUAAACUGCAUUAACAAUCCAUUGCCACUAUAAGAAAUGUGUUGUCUGGAAUUGUGCUUGAAUAAAAAAAGAAAGUAGUUGG